GGCUCGGCAGCAGCAACCCCUUGCUUCAGGUUAAGGGAAGAGCAAGGUGACUAUUGCAGAUCUGAAGGGGACUUUGUUUGGGACGUCUGAGAAAGAGGAAGGGUCCAGGAUUUACUUUCGGGCUUGGAUUGCCGAAUCAAGAUAGCAGGCACAGCCUGCCAAGACGAUGACAGUCACUUAUUCCAGCAAAGUAGCAAAUGCCACUUUCUUUGGAUUUCACAGAUUACUCCUAAGGUGGAAAGGCAGCAUCUACAAAUUGCUGUACAGAGAAUUUAUUGUUUUUGCUACUCUUUACACAGCGAUAAGUGUAUUAUACAGAUUUUUUCUUACAGGUAGCCAAAAACGGUUCUUUGAAAAAUUAUCAAUUUACUGUGACAAAUAUGCUGAACAAAUCCCGGUAACUUUUGUGCUUGGUUUCUACGUUACUUUGGUGGUGAAUCGCUGGUGGAACCAGUUUGUGAACUUGCCAUGGCCAGAUCGCCUGAUGUUCCUCAUCUCUAGCUGUGUCCAGGGCAGAGAUGAAUAUGGGCGCUUGUUAAGGAGGACUCUCAUGCGUUAUGUGAAUUUAACGUCUCUGCUGAUCUUUCGCUCUGUGAGCACAGCCGUGUACAAAAGGUUCCCCACCAUGGACCAUGUGGUAGGAGCAGGUUUUAUGACAAGAUAUGAAAGAAAACUUUUUGAUGAACUUAAGUCUCCCCACCUGAAAUACUGGGUACCAUUUGUGUGGUUUGGAAAUUUGGCAUCAAAGGCACGAAAAGAGGGAAGAAUUCGAGACAGCGUAGAUCUGCAGACACUGAUGAAUGAGAUGAAUAAAUACCGGUCUUGGUGUAGUCUUUUGUUUGGUUAUGAUUGGGUUGGAAUUCCACUGGUCUAUACCCAGGUUGUUACUCUCGCAGUCUAUACUUUUUUCUUUGCCUGCCUGAUAGGGCGCCAAUUUUUGGAUACUGACCAAGGGUAUCAGGGCCAUGACUUAGAUAUUUACAUUCCAAUCUUCACACUGUUACAGUUCUUCUUCUACGCAGGAUGGCUCAAGGUUGCUGAACAGCUUAUUAAUCCAUUUGGAGAAGAUGAUGAUGAUUUUGAAACUAAUUGGUGCAUCGAUAGAAAUUUACAGGUCUCACUUCUGGCGGUGGAUGAGAUGCACAUGAACUUGCCAAGGAUGGAGAAAGAUAUUUACUGGAAUGAUUCCUCUGCUCGGCCUCCCUACACAAAAGCAGCUGCUGAUUACUGUAUUCCUUCAUUUCUUGGAUCGACUAUUGAAAUGGGGCUGGCUGAUACCGAAUUCCUCUACGGGGAAGAGUGGCCCUGGGAAGAGGAGAAACACCGAAGACAGUAUUCAGUGUUAAGAAGAGUCAAGAGAUUUCUCAGCGUCCACGAAGGUCCUUCAUACCCCACUCACCGGCGCUACAGUCGGCAGACAAGUGAGAAUUCGGUGUUUUUCCCAGCAGAUGAAAAGGGGCACAUCAGACGGCUGCAGGAAAUGCACAAAAGAGGGAGGCACUCUGCCUCAAGCUUCAAGAAGAAACAUGAAGGAGUUGACAGAAGUAACAGACUUCAUAAUAGCCGAGAUCUAGGACCCAUAACUGAAACCUCAAGGAAUGAGGCACAGUUUGGUGACAGCGACACCUCAUCUGAGACAAACAAGCCAAUUCCUGAGGUCAUCAUCUCUGAAGCCGAGGAAAAUGCACUUGGCAUGCUGGACAAAACAGAUCUGCCAACAGAGCGCUCUGCAAGCAUGCCGGAAGAGAAAUUCCAAAGGAUCCUAGGCAAGGCAAAUGUGACUCUUCUGAACCAACCUUUUUUCCCUCUGGAAAUGACUACAUACAUCCCAAGCUCAGAGGCGCAUCAGUCACUUCCUAGUUUGAUAGGAGAGCCCAAACAUGAGCUCCAUGGUAGUAACAUUGCUGGUCUUAUAACAGAUCAUGAGAGAAACCUUCAGCGAUGGAGUUUACCAAGCUUCCAUAGUCCUAGUACAGCACCUAGUACAGCUGACAGUGCACCACCUUUAGCAGAUUCCAGGACAACUUCACAACAAAAGACCUUCAGUGAUGGAAACAAUGGUACUUCUGCUGCUGCACCAGAGAUGUUUGAGAUGCAGCACUUAUGGGAAAACAUGGACAGUAAAGAAACAGCCAUAGUAGAAUUUUCUAAUGAGGAAAGUGAAAGAAAACUUUGACCAUGCUUCCUCUGGGUUUGACUGAACUUCUUGUCUUCUCUUGAACGUAGUUCUCAUACAGAUUUGCUGAAAGUGCAGAAGGGCAGACUUGAUGCUCAAACAAGUCCUGAGCAAGAUCCAACAGAGGAUUUGAGACCUAAAUAAGAAGCAUUGUGGUGACAUAUUUUAAGCCACUUGUUCGUUAGCUUGAAACCCGUGACCUUGUGGGGAAAACAUUUACCAGGAGAACUGGGAGCCCCAGGGGUGGAUGCAAACCAUCAGUGCACAGAACAGCAAGCUGCAUAGGCUCAACUAGAGGAAACACUAAGGUUAUCAGAAGAGCGGAGAUGGUUCUGUCCACUUUGGAUCCACACUGAACACUGCUGCCUUUGUCCACUCCAUCAGGAUCAAGUCCAUGACAUCCUUGUAAGACCCAUGAAGACUUUUGUUUUCUAUUUGAGUGGCUCAAAGGCGAGCUGUGGGCUCAAUUCCCUCCUCAGCUUGGAGAGAUUCAGCCCACCAUCUCUUACUGCCUGGAGGAACACUUGAAAAAUCAGGCUCCUCAUUUGUGUAAGACAAUAGCCUGCCCCGCUCUUGCUGAAGCUAUGCCACUGGAAAAAUAAAAGGAUUAAAUGCUUAAGUUCAUUAAGAAAAAUGGAAGAGGCAAAAUAGGUCAUGGGAAGUCUCAGUCUUGGUCUUUGCUCCCUGGAGCACGUAUGUGGCAUACCCAGUGUCUGGUUAUUGUAAAAUGAGGCUCCCAGGUGGCCUCUCUCAUGAUGACAGGGCUGUGGCACUCUCUCAAGAGGUGGUGGAGGUGCAGGGGCAACUGAGCUUAGAGCUCCAGUCUUGUGGAGAUCUUCAGCUGGAAGUGCACAGGCUACAAUCAUCCCAGGCAGACAACAAAAUGGCCCAGGACCAGUAGCAAAAUUGCUUUCCACUUCCUUCCCCUGCCUCCUUCCCAUGCUUCCAGACACACCACACACAUUCUCCAUUAAUCCAAAUCUGCGCCAGCAUUAGGUGGCUCCUGCUGCUCUAGGGGUGGCCAAGCCACCUCCCUAAACCUCCUGGUAGUGACCUGGCCUUUCAGCUGUCACUCCUGCAAUGUCUUAAAGCAGGCUAGGAAAGCAGCAGCAGCUCCUUGCUUUUAGCUCUUUAUCCACAUUUACAAAAACACAGUCCAGAGCAUGUCACCAGCAUUCUCCCAUGAGUAAGUAUCUAAGUAGAUGGUCUCCCUGGAAAAGGGGGACACCAGAUAGCUCAAGGGAUGGAAAGAAGAGAGAGAAGGGGAGACACAGAAAAUUAUGGGUCUGCAACAGCCAGCAAAAGCAGUAUGGACUGUACGGACAGCAAGUCCACCCAGCUCUCUUGCCCAAAAGGUUGCACUUCAGACAAUAAACCAGGACCUCUGCCAGGGUAACUGUAGCCUCAGUGGCUUCAGGGAGUCCUUAGGACUCCCUGAAGCUGGGAAGGAGCUCCUGCUUCUCUGGAUCACAGCUUAGGUGAGGAGCCCUUCCAGCAGGCUAUCACAUAGAGCAGGACUCUGCUAUCUCAUCUGGGUAGUCUUUGAACAAAAAUCAACUACCCUUCUGUAGCAAGCCAGCGUUCCAUUCUCAGCCUCCCACUUCUACUUCUUCCAGCGUUAUUUCAGUCUGGGAAUUGGAUCCUGCUAGUGUGCAUUAGGCAGAGUAUGAGCAGAGCCACCCUUUCAAAUCCUUCAAAGACACUUGAAAAAGCACAUGUAUCCUGAUCAGUUUAGGAAGCAGAGGACACUUGGCCCAAGGAAGAGCUGUUUAAACUCCUAUUAUGUGAAUUCUAGGUAUGCAGAAAAGCCAAGCACAGUUUUCCCAGGCACCUUCGGAGGCACUUCUUCACACCAUGAGAUGAGGUGACACUGGUGUCUGACAGCAGCUUAGUGCAGGUUAAUCACACUUUGGAGUGAGGCGUUCUGGUGCAACCUCACCCUUGCCACUACACAAGUCCUCAGGCAAAUGAAGUUACUAUGUUCAGAUUUGACCAACAAAAUGAGGAACUCUGUGAAGUGAAAUUAUGUUGAAAUAAACAGCAUCUUAGCCUAGCAGUCCAAUUUUCUGAACGGCCCUUCCUAGGCAAUACUCAGCUCUGGAAGCAUUGCCUCUUUCCUCCUGAUUCCCUGUUUCUUCUUGUAGCUGAAGCCACACUUUUCUAUUCAGUAUUUUCUCAGUUUACUUACAUCUGCAACUGUCAAUUUACCAAUGAGGUUAACUUCAACAAAUGAUAAAUUUGAAGUAUAAACAAUACAUUUUAAGGAUACCCAGAGAGCUCCAGCUAGAAACAAAGUAACUGUUGCUCUCCUCUGUAGCACUUUGUUCAGGUCAGGAAAGCAAUACAAGUUUCUGGGAAGUUUGGCCAUACACAGUUUGGCUGUGCAUGUAUAGGAAGGCUUUUCAGCAGCUGCGAAGAAAGUCUGGCCCAUUAUCAAGCUUUCUCCUUACAGUACAUAAGGUUGAGGAACAGUGCUUCCCACUGUAAGGGAAUUUAAACCAAAAAUCAGAGAUGACUGUGAAGUGUCCACAACGAAUCUGCACUGAGAGUCCAGUCCCAUCACACCUCCUCACUAAUUCUUCACACAGCUUCCACCAGGGUUUAAGGUGUUGGAGGAAAGUGCUCUUCCUCCUCAACCCAGACAUCUGCAUGUUUCAUCCCAGCACUGCUAAGCAUGAAAGAGCCUUCCUAGCUUCUCAUCAUCCAGCUCUGCUCAUCUCCCAUCAUCUUCUCAGCCUGGUCACUGCCUAGGAUGCACACUACUGCUUUCAACCAGGACAUUAUACAUUUCAUUAUACAUCAGCAAUGGUUUUACUGCCUCUCCCACUCACUCUGCCAGCACUCCCUGUUUUCAUUCUUUGAUGGAGGCUCAGAGUGGCCACACAGCAGCCAUUAGACAGAUAAAAGCUUCAGUCCUACAGAUGUAGAUGUGUGUUAAAUUAGGAAUGACAGCUCUGAAGUCACAGAGCACAGUCUGCAAUAAGCAAGUAGCAUUUCACACAGUGGACCAGCUCCAAGUUAGCUAUAAUGUUGUGCUCAUUGCUUGUAAAGAAGCUAAUGCCAGGAUGAGUUACCAGAAACUCAUCUCCUCAUUUAGUCUGUUAUCUCACUUUUGCAAACAUCUGUGGACUCUGAUUUGUACUACAUUAUCUUUUGGGAUUAUGUGCUCUCUUUUUUUGGAAAACUAUUUGCCUUAGCAUGGUAAAUGGAUUCUUUUAGCAGACCCAACAAUCUACAAUUCAUGUUCACAGGUAUAAGCAAUGUUGAAUUACUGCAUGAAUAAAGGCACUUUGAGAA